UGGCUGGUCAAAGAAGGCCUCAAAAAUAAUACUAUCAACUUUUUAAAACGACCAUUCAUAUCAAGAUGUCUAAGCAACAAACAAGUGAACUGAUUAUAUGUCAAUGUCAACACUAGACUUCUGCGAGGACUUCUGUGUCUCAUUCAAGAAGCUCUACAAGAGGUUUGCAACCAAGUUUAGGAUAUGUAGCUGUCAACAUGUCAGCCUACAAAUUUCAAGUAUUCUAUUGUCCAAGUCUGCCUGUCAACUAUUCAAUAAUUUAAGCUUCAAAUUUAACUUCAAAAUUUCAGUAUAUUUCAACAGAUAGUAGCAUUUUGCAAACAAAGAAACUUUUUGCAAAAUCUUUGGCUAUGAGUCUUUUAAAUAGAUCUUGGCCCCCAACAUCCCAAAUGUACUGAGGGAUAACUCGUGCAGAAAUGCCAACAGAUAGAACGCUCAUGCGUGAAUCUGUUGCAUAAUUCUCGCUUUCUUUGCUAGAGGGUAAAUUCAAUCAAACAUUCAAGAAGUUAUAAAAUCGAAAUAUAGUAACUCCUUCCAACUUAACUAAACCGUUUUCUGGUAAUAUUUUUUGUGCUAAUGUUUAAAAGGAAAUUAUUCAUGAUGUUCAUUCAGAUUAUAAAGCAAAAAGUAAACAAUUCCCAGAACAAAGGUCAUAUGACGUCACACUUAAGAACUCGAUUCCUCGAAAUUAAACGGAAGCAACAACAACAGCUUCCACAAUUCCGUUGCUGACAUUAUUGUAUGUAAUCAUGUAUAAGCUGAACUGUUGCGGUUUUGGUGUCAUGACCCCUAAUUGUGGUAUGUAUAGAGCAGCAAUGCAUCGAGUCCGUGGAAAGAUUACGAAAAUUUCCGUUGAAAGAAAUCGGAGGCACGAUGAGAGACAUAUCUUACAGCUCGUUUGAAAAUGUUGAAAUUCCUACAUGCUCCUUUUCUUCCGAAGAGUGCGCAGAAAAAGAGGUGCGAUCCGAACCGAAACAUGGCGAUUUGUCAAGAGGUGUGUUGGUUUCGCGGUGGAAGAAAUAUGUUAUUUUGGUCUGCCUGUCCGUGUACUGGUUCAUAUCGACCUGUUCUUUCUCCAUGAUUGCUCCAUUCUAUCCAAAGGAGGCAGAAUCAAAAGGUGUAAGUUUGACUGCAACUGGCUUGGUUUUUGCUGUUUUUCCGCUGACUAUGUUUAUUGGUUCCCCAAUUAUGGGCAUUUUGAUACCAAUCAUUGGUCCCAAAAGAGUACUAAUAAUUGGUUUGAUUCUGGAAGGUGGAACACAGAUAAUUUUUGGGUUUGUGCAUCAAAUGCCAAGAAAAGAUGUUUUUCUUGCAUUUAGUUUUGUUGUCAGAACCCUUAGUGCUGUUGGAGGAUGUGCCACUUCAACAAGUUCACUUGUGAUGCUAACAAACACAUUUGAAAGCAACAUGUCUCCUGCAGUGGGAGUCCUAGAAGCAUUUGGUGGUUUUGGAAUGAUGGCUGGUCCCCCUAUUGGUGGCUUACUAUAUUAUGCAGGUGGUUUCAAGCUUCCAUUUCUGGUUGUUGGUUGUAUAGCUCUCUUUACAUUGCUACCAUUGUAUUUCAUUCUGCCUACAAUUAAUGUUGGAAGGCAGUCUCAUGAUGGCAGGAAGAAGUUCUUCAGUGCUGUCAAAAUCCCAGCUAUUCUUCUGAUAGCAACGUUAGUGGCUGUCAGUGGAAUGUGUUUGAGUUUUCUGGACCCAACUCUGCAGAAGCAUUUAGUAAGCUCUUUCCAGUUAAGCACCUUACAAGUCGGAUUUGUUUUCCUCGUCGGCUCUGGAGUUUACGCAGUCACGGCGCCUGGUCUGGGUAUUCUUGCCGAUAAAACGGAUACAAGGUAUUCUAUUUGCAGUGGUGCAGUUAUCUGUGGUUUGACGUUCCCAUUGCUUGGGCCCCCGCCAGUCAUACCAAUAAUACCUAGUGCUUUGUGGUUGAAUUGCGUGGCGCUGGCUUUGGCCGGCUUUGGAUUGGCGCUUCUUCUGGUUCCUGCUCUAGCCGAUAUGAAUGCUUCUGCAAAUCGACAUGGAUUGGAGUCAGAUCUGUCUACACAAAGUGUAUUGGCAUCCAUCUUUAAUUCAAUGUUAAACAUAGGCGCCAUUGCAGGAGCGUCACUGGGAGGAGUGCUUGCGGAAUACCUUAGUUUCGCCUGGGCCACAUCGAUAUUUGGACUUUCUUUGUGUUUAGUGGGUUUACUAGCUUUUGGGUUUACCGUUUGCGAAAGACGAAGCUCCAAGUAUACAAGAUACAUAACCACAUAAGCCCAAGAAAGAAAUGAGCAAUGCAUCUUUAGAAAAGAAAGCCAUGUUCCCGUUUCGUUGCAGAAUGCCUGAAUAUUUUAUUGCAACUACAGAAGAUGAUAAUUAGGCCUAAAUAGUAACAAACUGAAAUUGAAUUAUAUUUAUAAAGCAAUAUUCGUGUGAGAAAUUAACCAAUUUACAAAUAAUUAUUAAUGCGACCGUGUUCAGAAAUGAAUACUCAAUUAAGGUGAAUGUUCAUGUGCCCAUCGAAAAUAAAACCAAUCGUUAAGUCGAUACACCUUACGAAACUUACUUUCUAUACAGAAAACCCCUUGCCUUAAACGACUAAUCGCCUUUCCGCUUAAGCAGCUUAUUUAUAUUUCUAGCCUCAAUUAUUUGGCCAUAGAAAAUCUUGCAUGCAAUGCAAUGCAAUGCAUACCUUGCAUGCAAUGUUAAGUUUUAGAAUGCCGAGCAAUUACAGUUAUCAAGCAACGCUCAUGUCCCUUCAAUCUGAGGUACAUACGCCUUGAACACAAGCGAGCUGGCGAGCCACUUAACAAACUGGUAUUAGUUUAUUGACAGUAGGGGCGCUUAAUGUAUCUUUGCUUUCUCAAGGUUGGUGUCUGAUUGAUUCGCACUGAUUGUGAGUAUGAGCACAUGGAUGUUUUAGCAUGCUCUAGGUUUAACCUCCGCUUUUAGUGCGAUUUUUAUAUGACUCUCUGAGGACGUACGCCGAUUUGGUGAUUACGAUUUGCUUUCGCUGAAGUAGCGCGAACAGGGUAUCCUAGGCGGAAACCGGCCUUUAGAUCGACGUUACAGGUUUAUCGAAGGCUUGAUGCAUACUUUUCAGAUGGGCAUAUCUCUAAUGUAACCCCGUUUGUUUUGUUUUUCGAAUGGUUCUGAAUAAUUGCUUUACUUAGAAUAAUAUUUGAUAUUACGAUUGAAGCUGUGUGCGAUACCAAUAUAUGCGAUAUUUAAGAAAUCAUAUUUCGAUUAAGUUGA